AUGGCGAACGAUGUAGAACAUUGUCGAGCGGCUUUGAAGAGAUUUCCCCCAGGUCAUUCUGAUCGACCACGGUCUCUCAACAAUCUUGCCGUCAGCCUUCGAAAAAGAUUCGCGCAGCGGGGCGUCCCAUCUGACCUAGAUGAGUCCAUCGAGCUCAAUCGGGCUGCACUACUCCUUCGUCCCCUCGGGCAUCCUGAUCGAUCGUUGUCUCUCAACAAUCUCGCUGUCGGACUUGGAGACAGAUUCAGGCAGCGGGGUGUCCCGUCUGACCUUGAUGAGCGCAUCGAGCUCCAUCGGGCUGCACUACUCCUUCGUCCCCUCGGGCAUCCUGAUCAAUCAGAGUCCCUCAACAAUCUCGCUGCCAGCCUUGCAGACAGAUUCAGGCAGCGGGGCGUCCCAUCUGACCUUGAUGAGCGCAUCGAGCUCCAUCGAACUGCACUACUCCUUCGUCCCCCCGGUCAUUCUCAUCGAGCGUUGUCUCUCAACAAUCUUGCUGUCGGCCUUGGAGACAGAUUCAGGCAGCGGGGUGUCCCGUCUGACCUUGAUGAGCGCAUCGAGCUCCAUCGGGCUGCACUACUCCUUCGUCCCCUCGGGCAUCCUGAUCGAUCGUUGUCUCUCAACAAUCUCGCUGUCGGACUUGGAGACAGAUUCAGGCAGCGGGGCAUCCCAUCUGACCUUGAUGAGCGCAUCGAGCUCCAUCGGGCUGCACUACUCCUUCGUCCCCCCGGUCAUUCUGAUCAAUCAGAGUCCCUCAACAAUCUCGCUGCCAGCCUUGCAGACAGAUUCAGGCAGCGGGGCGUCCCAUCUGACCUAGAUGAGUCCAUCGAGCUCCAUCGGGCUGCACUGCUCCUUCGUCCCCCCGGUCAUUCUGAUCGAUCAGAGUCUCUCAACAAUCUCGCUGCCAGCCUUGCAGACAGAUUCAGGCAGCGGGACAUCCUGUCUGACCUUGAUGAGUGCAUUGAGCUCAAUCGGGCUGCAUUACUCCUUCGUCCCCUCGGUCAUUCUGAUCGAUCAAACUCUCUCAACAAUCUUGCUACCGGCCUUGCAGACAGAUUCAGGCAGCGGGGCGUCCCGUCUGACCUUGAUGAGCGCAUUGAGCUCCAUCGAGCUGCAUUACUCCUCCGUCCCCCCGGUCAUUCUCAUCGAUCAGAGUCUCUCAACAAUCUCGCUGCUAGCCUUCGAGACAGAUUCAUGCAACGGAGCCUCCCUCCUGACCUUGAUGAAACAUUUAGCCUCUUCUUGCAACUCCCACACAUAUCUCAUGCAGUCUCUCGUUCGGAUCUUAGUGCUGCCAAGUCAUGGGCUACCGCAGCUGAAGAGGUAAACCAUGGUUCUGCAUUGCUCGCAUAUGAAACUGCAUCCAAAUUCCUAGAUCAGCAUGUCAAUCUUUUGUCGUCUUCGUCACGUCAUUUCGAUGUCGUGAGGAUGGCUACGGCGUCCCUUGCUGUGGACGCCUUCUCCUGCAGCGUUCGUCAUGGUGCGCUGACAACUGCUGUGGAAUUGGUGGAGCAAGGUCGUGCAGUAUUCUGGACCCAGUUAGCACGCUUAAGCUCGCCGUUCGAUGGACUUUCCCUGCCCGGUGACACCGGCGGAGCAUUGGCGGAAGAAUUCAAGCAGCUGAGCUUUCGCCUUCGUACCGCAUUCGAUCAGUCUACUGGAGACCAGUCCGCACAAAUCCGACAACUGUCCAUCCAAUGGAACGAUGUCGUCUCCCGCAUCCGCAUGCUCCCUGACUCAUCUCGGUUUCUCCUGCCUCCCAAAUUCUCAGACCUACAGAAGGCCGCUGAAGAGGGUCCCGUCAUCAUCGUCAAUGCUAGUCAGUACAAUUGUGACGCCUUGAUUGUCCUGAGUGACCGAAAUCCUGUCCACGUUCCGAUUGAUGUCACGCGCGCUCAAGUCACCGAAUUGUCCUCCGAUUUUCAGUCUGUCGCAGAGCAAUUUGGUUCUUCCGAUCUUCAGAACAAGCUUGUUGGCAUUCUCCGCAAGCUUUGGCAUCAUAUCGUUGACCCCGUGGUCCAAGCCCUUAGGAAGUCGAAUGUUUGCCCCGGCUCGCGUAUCUGGUGGUGUCCCACUGCUGAAUUUACUUUACUUCCUCUACAUGCAGCAGGACCCUAUGAGAGGGAGAGAGACAACUUGUCACAGAUUUACAUCUCCUCCUAUACUCCUACUUUGGCAACACUCGUUCGUGCGAGACAGCGCGUCUCUCAAUAUGCAUCUUCUCAACAUUUUGUUGCAAUUGGUCAAGGAAACCCGGACAGUGGGAAGGAACUGCGAUGCGUCGCUCCUGAAUUAGCCGCCAUAGCUCAGCGUCUCGUACCCAUCGUGUCGUCCUUCAUGUCGCUCGAGGAGAGUGACGCAACAGUGCAGGGUGUUCUCGAUGCACUAAACCAUAACCAGUGGCUUCACCUGGCCUGCCACGGAAUGCCGAAUCGACAACAGCCAUUUGAAUCUUCUUUCGCAAUGCGUGAUGGGCCGUUGAUGAUCAAGGACAUCAUCCGAUCCAACUGGCAGAACCCGGAGUUUGCAUUCUUAUCGGCUUGCCACACUACCGUGGGCCAUGAGAAGAGUCCUGAUGAGUCUAUCCAUCUCGCCGCGGCGAUGCAAUUCUCCGGAUUUCGCAGUGUGAUUGGCUCUAUGUGGUCCGUCGACGACGAGGUUGCACGGCAGGUUGUGUCUGCCUUUUACGACAAGCUGGUCGAUGAUUCAGGGAGGUUGGACUGCACGCGGGCUGCGGUGGCGUUGCACAAGGCCGUGAAGAAAUUGCGGCACAAUAAGAUCCCACUGGAACAGCAGAUCGAUCCGAUCCACCCCCUUCCAACCCAACUAUCGUCGCCCGGCGCACAGCGUCAAGGUACUCCCCACGAUCCAUAUCUUGCACCUCGAAUCCGCAACAAUGUUAGCAAGCUCCAAUACACGCUUCAGAUUCCCGUACAAGAUGUGUUAGAACUGCAGGCACUACAUACGAAGACAUGCUUACUCUGGGACUCGUUUAGACCAUAUUCUCGUGUACGAGUCAACGCUAAUCGACGUUCGUUGAUGUCCGCAAUCAGUUCGAGCAAGGUCAAGAACAUUGCAUAUCGCUCCACUGCAUUGUCACCCAGUGCGCCGGCAUACAUGGCGAUCAACUCUCGUUGGCCUGCAGCCUGA